UGCAUGGCGUAGCCACUAGCCAGUAGCAACCACAGGUCAGGAGAAAGCAGCAGCGGAAGUCGAGAGAGGGUAAUUACCAAUAAUCUCAACCCAAACCUCUCUCAUUGUUAUUUCUAGCCCAUCAGGCCGUCACCGUUAAUAUUCAUCUGUUUCUUCUCCUAUAAAGUUCUGGGGAGAGACAAGAUUCUUCUGAAGCGCGGUUAGGACCUCACAAGCGCUCAGGAUGUCAACUCCUGCGAGGAAGAGGCUGAUGAGGGAUUUUAAGAGGUUGCAGCAAGAUCCUCCCGCAGGCAUCAGUGGUGCUCCUCAUGACAACAACAUAAUGCUUUGGAAUGCUGUUAUCUUUGGGCCUGAUGAUACCCCAUGGGAUGGAGGCUGUAUUGCUAGCACAGCUUUUAUUGAGUAUUCUAUGUUCAUAAUGAUAUCUUUGAGUCCUUCAGGUACGUUUAAAUUGACACUCCAGUUUACGGAGGAUUAUCCAAACAAGCCACCAAUAGUGCGCUUUGUCUCUCGAAUGUUCCAUCCAAAUAUUUAUGCGGAUGGAAGCAUAUGUUUGGAUAUUCUACAAAAUCAAUGGAGCCCUAUUUAUGAUGCGGCAGCUAUACUUACCUCUAUCCAGGAUGUUGAAUCUGGAUCUACUCUAGUCUUGUGUGAGGGCUCUGGACUGUGGGUUUGGCAAUCCGCCUGCUCGUUUAGUGGUCAUUGCUUUGUGACCCAAAUCCAAAUUCUCCUGCAAAUUCAGAAGCUGCACGGAUGUUUAGCGAGAACAAACGUGAAUAUAAUAGGAGAGUACGUGAGAUUGUUGAGCAGAGUUGGACUGCUGAUUAGUUAUUGAAGUUCAAGUGCUACGGAACUUCAAAUAUAUUCCAAUGGCCUGUUUAAAUAACAAUGGGACUCAUCCAUUGUUUUGUGAACUCGACUUGAUUAUUUGACAUGUUUGUGUGUUUGCCACUUCUCUCUGAUUUUUUCUUGUAUCUCAUACACUGCAUAUUCUGUAGACUUCAUAUAUAAAACUCCUGGUCA